AUGUCGAACCUCCCGCGCGCCCAGCCUUCGUCACGGCUCAGCACCGUCCCUUCCCAGAAACCACGUCAACUCUCACACCUCCAGGCACAGCUCGCGCAAUUGACGGCGAAUAUGUCGGAUUUAGAGAGCUUGAUGCGUAUGACAGCGGGCCAAGCGCAGGAUAUACGCGGACUAGGAGGAUACUCAGGCGCAAUGUUCAUGGCAGCUAGUAAAGUACUAGGAGAAGAGACGGUCAAAGGAGGGGGAGGUGGUGAUGAUAAGGCCAAG